AUUAGUUCGACCUAAAAAUUGACCUCAUUCGUUGGCGGUCAAAAAACAUAAACAUUCCUGACUUCUCUGAAGAAAGAGGCUGUGUACUUUUAAACAAGCUUUCGCCACUUUCUUUUUCCAAUUAUUUUACAGAGAAUAUAUAUGAAACUACCAGAAUAAUGUUCCUAUCUGAGAUGAAAAGUUAGUUUAUGGUAUUUUGACAGACCAUGAAUGGUGGUUCAUCUUCUUGCUAUUGUUGUAAGAAAACAGGUAAUGAGAUGGAUGUUGACUCUGCACUGGAUGAGCUUGGGAUGUUGAGUUCCGUAACAAACAGUCGUAAACAGUAUCUCCGCGAACGGAUGAGGACAAGGAGUGAGCCAACAGAAUCUAGGUCACUUCAUAUCUUACAGAUCGAUAAAAGUUAUGUUAGCGACAUUUCCUCUGGAACAUUUGGAACAUUUUAUCCAACUUUAGACCCUGGUGAAAAUAUUGUCGUUGAUCCAAAUUCACCAUCGUCCAGCAGAACUGUAAAUAACGAUCCAUAUCAGGAUACACCUACUUCUUCAAUACCUCGAGCGAAAAUGAAAUUAAUUAAACGGUCACUAGUGAGGAAAAAUCGAUACAAAAAACCUUACGAAGUACCGUGGAGACUUAGCAAUUCUAUGCCAGAAACUGUUAUCCAUCAUGAAGAAAGUGUUCCAGGUCUUUCAAAAUCUAAUUCCGAGUCACCGAUAAAAGGAGUAAAAGUUAAUGAGAAUCUUACAAGAUCUAGGUCAUUAGAAAACAUUGAAUUAGCCAGAACUAGGUUGUUAGAAAUAUUUGAAAAAGUACCAGAUGCUAAAGAGAAACAAGAAUUGGAAAAUGUUUCUAGGAAUUUAGAAAAUAUGCAUGUUUAUGAUCAAGUUAGCUAAUAAUAGGUGUACACUAGGUACUAUUUAACAAAAUUGUUACAGUUGUUGUGUGUGUAAAGUUAAUUUCAGAAAAAAAUCAACUUUGCAAAAAAUAUUUAAGCCUUUACAAUAAAAAUUAUCUUUAAAAAAUAAUUACUGUAAACCAACUUAUUUUUGCGAGCGAUUUAUUUUCGCGACUUUCGCGAGUAGAAAAAUAACACAAAUAUAAAUCGUUGUGAAUAUGUAAACCUCGGAACUUUCCUUAUUAAACCUCAUCAGAAAAUGGCGAAAUUAAAUAGCCCCGAAGUGGUCAAGAAAGGGUAAAACGUGAAAUAAAGUAUCCGCGAAAAUAAGUUGGUUUACAGUAUAUAUAUAAGUAAAAAUUAGGAUUCAAAAACAAACAAAUUCAAACACUGCAUAACAAUUAACACUGUAUCUCAUCAGAGACCAACAUGGGUGGUAUGUAACUGUUGUUGCUUACUGUAAAUUCAGCUGUUUAUCUUUAAUUAUUGUGACAUUUUGAAGAAAGGACAAAAAUCAGGGGUUGAUUAUUUUAAAUUCUUUAAAUGCUGCUUGCAGAUGAGUUGCUUUCGUAAUUUAAAAUGCAUUUUUUCGUAUUGUGAAUAAACAGAUUUUUCAUUAUGUCUUACUCUAGGGUCAAAUUGUUACACAUGAGGUUUUAUUUUUUUACUUUUCUUACAUUAUGAUACUGAUUUGAGUAAGUUGAGAGGUGACCAUGAAGGUUUUCUAAUGAGAAAAAGCAAGACGUAAUCUUUACUCACAUUAAUUGUGAAAUAUACAUCACAUGUAACACAUAGCAUACUUCUAUUUAUUGAAUUAUUUAUGUUUUGGUAAAUCAUAGCCUCAUAUUAACUCCAGAAGAAUACCAAGUUCUAGAACAAAACAUAUAGACAGUUUAAUAAACUAUUCUAGCCAGAAUCAGUUUUCUCCUAAUGAACUUAAAGGACAUAGAGCCUGUGAUGUUUUGAGCAUGCUUCUACUGGUCUUAAAGUAGUCUGUGGUUAAAUACUUGUCUGUGGUGCAUAGACAUUUAUAUAUUUCUACAGAUUCUCUAUCAAAGUUCUGUAAAAAAAAGUCCCCACAACCUGAAGGUAACAGCAAUCUUUUUAACUUAAUUUUGACCCUCUUCCCUCAAAGUUGUCAAACAGUGUAGCUGUCUGAAAUUUUAUAAACAUAACUGUAGUACUUUCCAAUACACAGAUGAUUGAAGAAUAAGAAAACACAAACUUAAAAGAUAAAUCAAGACUAUGUUUCUUUUCAUUCAGAAGUUGUGUUACUAAAAAAAAAUUUUGAGUAGUAUAUUUUGGGUCAUAUUUAAAUGAAAGUAUAUUUAGAGAUUUAAGGUGGUACCUAACACUACAGGGAGAUAACUCUGUAAAGUCAGCUAAACGUUUUAAUUACGUUGUGUUGUAAAAGGAAUAUUUAGCUUCUCAAUGAUCAAAAUUGUUGUUUGUCAAACUGCUAUUUAACCAGUGUAAUUUUUCUGACAAAACGAUUGGUUCAACAUUUUUGAAAUUUGUAUAUACUUGUUUUAGGGUCAAAGUAAAUAAUUUGUCAAAAUUUUAUGAAAAUUAAACGAGCCAAAUUAAUUUUAGUGAAAGUGUUGGGUACCACCUUAAAAAGAUGCAAGUCUUACAAAUCACCAGCAAUUACUCUGAUUCACAACAAGUAACUCUACAUCAGCAAAAGUGAUUUUUGACUUGUGCCUACUGAAUAUAUGCAAAGUGGUAAAUUGUUUAUGCAUUUGCAAUAUGAUCUUUAAUGUACAUGCUCAAUUCAAAUAUUUGAAAUGCAUAUUUCAUGAAUGCAACCCUUUAUAUAUGUAAGUCCAUUGAGGAAUUUGCAAAUAAUUUUGAAGUUUUCAGUGAUGGGGAAAAUUUUAGCAGGAUGGACAUGGCAAAAUUUAAACUGACAUUUAUUUUAAAUUUGGGAUUCUAUAGAUAGUUAUUUAAAAUUAUUAAACUUGUAAGUACUAACAUCGAUAACAACAGGACACACAAUUAACAAUAUAUAUAUACUUUUACAUUAUAAAAUUGAAAAAAGUACAUGUAUAUUUAAAUGAAGUUUUAUAUUUUUACAACAAAAUACACAUGUUUUUUCAUGGAGUAAAAAAAGAAUGGCCUACCCUUUUUUCAAAUAAAUAUCAAAUAUUCUGAGAGGCCUACAUUUUAUUUUGAGGGGUUAAGUUGUACAUCUGUUGUUUUAUUUAUUAUGUAUGUGUUAUUUAUUGGUGGUAUUUUUUGACAUUUCUU